AUGGUUGAUUUAUUAAAAGAAGGAACAAAACACCUUAGUGGACUUGAAGAGGCUGUGUUAAAGAACGUAGAAGCAGUCAGAUCUCUUUCACAAAUAACAAAAACAACAUUUGGACCUCAAGGAAUGAAGAAGUUAAUUGUUAACAAUAAAGGAAAACAAUACGUUACUUCAGAUGCAGCUAAGAUCAUUACUGAACUUGAGUUCCAACACCCUGCUGCUAAUAUGGUUAUUAAUGCAGCAAAACAACAACAAGCAGAAAUUGGAGAUUUUACAAAUUUAGUUAUUAUGUUUGCUGGUGAAUUAAUGACUCAAGCUGAAGGAUUAUUAAGAAUGGGACUUCAUCCAACAAUUAUUGCAGAUGGAUAUCGAACUGGUUUAAAAUUCUUUAAUGAUCAUUGUGAAGAUCUUGGUUAUCUACACUG